CAUCCAGUUCAGGGGCUUGUGAGCUCUGUCUCCCCCUUCUGUCCUCAUCAGCAGACUGCGUUUCCCUCUAUUAUUUUCCACUCAGUUUCUCGCAGUUUAAAAUGGCGGCGUUGAGCAGCGCCGAGUCCCCACCGCCCGUCUUUAACGGAGACACCGCGGAGCGGGAGCCGGGCAGGGAACGGGGCCUGGAGGAGCUGGGUGCCGGUCUGGACUCCUCUUGCACGCCGGAGAUUCCCGGAGGUCCACAGGAUGAGGAGAUCUGGAACAUCAAACAGAUGAUAAAGUUGACACAAGAACACUUAGAGGCUCUUCUGGACAAGUUUGGAGGAGAACAUAAUCCUCCUUCCAUAUACCUAGAGGCGUAUGAAGAGUACACCAGUAAGCUGGAUGCCCUGCAGCAGAGGGAGCAGCAGCUGCUGGAAGCUAUGGGCAACGGUACAGACUUCUCUUGUUCUCCUUCUCCCAUGCCAGCCCUUCUUGAGGUCAAGAUGGAAGGUUGUGGGGUCGGAGGAGGGGCUCAGGCCUUUCCCUCAGCCCCCAAUACAUUGGCUGUCCUUCAGACUCCCACCGAUGCCGGCCGAGCCAACCCUCGAUCCCCUCAGAAGCCUAUCGUCAGGGUAUUUCUGCCCAACAAACAGAGAACAGUGGUCCCGGCCCGUUGUGGGAUGACUGUGCGAGACUCACUGAAGAAAGCUCUGAUGAUGCGAGGCCUCAUUCCGGAGUGCUGUGCGGUCUACAGGAUACAGGACGGAGAGAAGAAGCCGAUUGGCUGGGACACAGACAUCUCCUGGCUGACAGGAGAGGAGUUACAUGUAGAAGUACUGGAGAACGUGCCGCUCACCACACACAACUUUGUGAGGAAGACCUUCUUCACACUGGCCUUCUGUGACUUCUGCCGAAAGCUGCUUUUCCAGGGUUUCCGCUGUCAGACCUGUGGCUACAAGUUCCACCAACGCUGCAGCACAGAAGUUCCCCUUAUGUGUGUCAACUAUGACCAACUCGACUUGUUGCUUGUGUCCAAGUUCUUCGAGCAUCACCCGUUUACCCAGGAGGAGGUCUCUUCAGAGGGAACCACCCCUGUGUCUGAGGCCUGUCCAUCACUUCCACCAUCCGACUCCACCGGGUCGAUAUGCCACACCACUUUGUCCCCGUCCAAGUCCAUACCCAUCCCACCCAGUUUCCGGUCCAGUGAGGAAGACCACCGCAACCAGUUUGGCCAGCGGGACCGUUCAUCCUCUGCCCCAAAUGUCCAUAUCAAUACCAUCGAGCCUGUCAACAUCGAUGACCUGAUUCGAGAUCAGGGAUUACCAAGGUCAGAUGGAGGCUCCACCACAGGGCUGUCAGCCACACCUCCUGCCUCUUUACCUGGCUCUUUGACCAAUGUCAAGGUGCCACAGAAGUCACCCUGCCAGCAGAGGGAGCGCAAGUCAUCAUCCUCAUCUGAGGACCGCAAUAAGAUGAAAACCCUGGGGAGAAGGGACUCCAGUGAUGACUGGGAAAUACCUGAGGGUCAGAUUACUCUGGGUCAGAGGAUAGGUUCUGGAUCCUUUGGAACUGUCUUCAAGGGAAAGUGGCAUGGUGAUGUGGCGGUGAAGAUGUUGAACGUCACUGCUCCCACACCACAACAGCUUCAGGCCUUCAAGAAUGAAGUGGGAGUCCUCAGGAAAACGCGUCAUGUGAACAUCCUCCUGUUCAUGGGCUACACCACCAAGCCGCAGCUGGCCAUCGUGACCCAGUGGUGUGAAGGCUCCAGUCUGUACCAUCACCUGCACAUCAUCGAGACCAAGUUUGAGAUGAUCAAGCUGAUCGACAUCGCCCGGCAGACGGCUCAGGGCAUGGAUUACCUGCACGCCAAAUCAAUCAUCCACAGAGAUCUGAAGAGCAACAAUAUUUUCCUCCACGAGGAUCUGACGGUGAAGAUUGGGGACUUUGGUCUGGCUACGGUCAAGUCCCGCUGGAGUGGCUCCCAUCAGUUUGAACAGCUGUCUGGCUCUAUACUCUGGAUGGCACCAGAGGUGAUCCGGCUGCAGGACAAGAACCCCUACAGCUUCCAGUCAGACGUAUACGCUUUCGGUAUCGUGUUGUACGAGCUCAUGUCAGGAGCAUUGCCCUAUUCCAACAUCAAUAACAGAGACCAGAUCAUAUUUAUGGUGGGUCGAGGUUACCUGUCUCCUGACCUCAGCAAAGUCCGCAGCAACUGUCCAAAGGCCAUGAAGAGAUUGAUGGCCGAAUGCCUGAAGAAGAAGAGAGAGGAGCGACCCCUGUUUCCUCAGAUCUUGGCAUCCAUCGAGCUGCUGGCUCGCUCAUUACCCAAAAUCCACCGCAGCGCCUCGGAGCCUUCGUUAAACCGAGCUGGUUUUCAGACAGAGGACUUCAGCUUGUAUGCCUGCGCCUCGCCCAAAACCCCCAUCCAGGCCGGUGGCUAUGGGGAGUUUUCGGCAUUUAAGUAAGUGCUGCAGAUCCCACCAGUCCAUCUCUCUUCACUUCUCAAAAGUCUUGUGUCCAUGCAGUGGAUUCAUCCAUUACUGAAAAAAAAGAAAAAACAAAUAGUAUCAAAGAAUGUGCUUUUUUUUCUUUAUCUGUCAUCCUGAAGAAGGCAGCCUCAUUGGAGUCCUUCCAACAAAAAGCUGUCCAGCAGGCAAAUAGCCACACUAACAGAGAAAACUCAAUAAGGGAAAAAUAAAAAACAAAAAAACAAAAAAGGAACUUAAAUGACACACAGGGGGGAAAAAAAAGGAAAAAAAAAAAAGAAAAACGAAACACGAAACACAACGAGAUCCAUACCAAAAGAGUUUUAGGAGGAGAUGACAAACUCCACAGAUCGACUUGCCUGUUGGAGGGAAAAGAUAAGCGAGAAAAUCACAAGGAAGGAGAGACAAGAGAAGUCAAGGCUUUGGGCUCCACUUAUCCCUUCAUUUCCUGUGCAGGUGAGGAGGGAGGCUGCUUUAUCAGCCGGGAACUGAACUGCACUUUUGAGCGAUGGCAGAAUGGGGCCUGUAGGUGGAGGGAAGGCCUGCCAUCCGUCUCUGGAGAUGGAAGGCCAGGCCUCAUCCCGUUCCCCAGAUAAGCUGGAGGACACUGAGCAGGGUUUAACCCCGAAGGAUGAUGACUUGAAAGACAGAUCUAUUUUUCUUUUUUUUUUUUUAUUUUAAUGCGUAAUGCUGACCAAAUCCUGCAGAAUCCUGUAUUUUUGCCUUCUUGUUCGCCCCCAACAAAUUUGGACACCCAUGAUGAGACGUCAACAGCUAUUAAUCUACUGAAAGCUUUGUUCUGCCGUUUUAAAAACAUCCAAACCUUCAUGUGCAUGCAGGAGAAGCAAUUCUUUCUUUAGAUUUCCUCUAGAAGAGUCUGGGGCUUGCACUGUUCUGCUAACAACAUAAGCUGUUUUUUUUUUUUUUGAGGCAUUUGUUUGGUGAGGGGUUUCUCAUUCCACAUAAAAGGCCUGGUCUAAGCCAGCAAAUGAUAUGAUGGUAGUUAACGAGAUUCUACCCCCAAGAUGCUCUGUCUUUUCACGGGAUUUCGUGUCUACGUGGAAGGUAGACAUGAAGUCAAGAGGCUUAAGCUACACGAGAAGGGUUUCUUAGCGUGUUUAAAGAGCAUCAGACACAGCAUCAACAAAGCUUUUCCCGGUGCAUGUCAUGUCUUUUUGGGUUUUUGUUUUUUUCUUGUUUGUUUCACGUUGCACUUGGCGUAAAAUCGGACCUUUACUUGUUGCCGCUGCUGACUGAUGGGCUGCAGCGUUACCUGCUGAAAGGACCAGCGGAUCCUCUGGUUCUGAGUCGUGUUAGUCUUGAAAAUUCAGUCAUACUUUUUACUUUCUCGGCACACAUGUACCUGUACUAUUUUCAUUCCAGUGUGUGUGUUAAGAGUUGUAGGUGUUACUCUAGGUUAUUUUUAUUUUAUUGUUGAUGUUUGCCUUUUUCUGUACAGGCAGGCCUGCAGAUACUUACUUAUUUAUGUGAUUUUCUUUCUUUCUUUUUUUUUUUUGUUCAUUUGUUUUGGUUUUUUUUUUUGUAAUUCAUUUGGAGAAAUGCUUUAUUUGAAGCUAUCAGUCUUUCUUUUGACGCUUAGUCGUUUAAGUCUUCGUGACUCGUGUACUUGCACUUUGUAGAGAUGGAUUGAAGCUAAUGAGCGACUUGCCUUUUUUUUUUCUUUUUUUUUCUUUCGUUAUAUUAAAGAAUAAAUUGUGACAUACAGAGCUGAUGACCCAAAAUUUAAUUUCCAAUGCGUGAGUCAUCUUCAUGGGCUGAACUGUGAAUAUUUUGCUGGUAAGGCUCAGUUGUGUACACCUGCAGUGAUGAGACUGCUGUCCUGUUCAGUGGAUGUUGUGGAGGUAGAGACUCACUGACAGACCUGGUUCCUGGUUCUUCUCAUUGAUCAAGGAUCAUGUACUUCUUUCCAUCAUUACCUUAAUACCCACACCUGUUGUAACUCUUACUGCACUCAUCUAACCCUUCAGUCCCAUCUUUGUGCAUCCAGAACAGAGAUAGGGUUGUGACAAGUUUUGUCCUUGUUUAGCAUGAAAGCGGUUAGCCCUGACUCAGAAAACCCUUACAGCUCAUCAUGGCCCUGGAUGAGCACUUCUGUCAUAUAAACUGUUCAGACAUCAUUGGAAUCUUUUGUAGCGACCUUGCUGUGUUGCUCUUCACCGGGCUCUUUCUCCCACCUCAGAAAUGACUGAGAAGAUAGCCUCAGAUCCGGUCAGUUUUUAUUUUUAAAACGUUCUUCUCGUAGCAAACUGUAUGAACCAUUCCGGGAUCACCCCUAACGUCUCAAGACACUCUGUAGCCCUCGGUCAAGACUAAUUUGUUACCCAUCAAUACUGAGAUGAUACACCUUCAAAAACCUUUGAGCAGUGUAUUAGAACUUAAGUUUCUCUGGAUGGGACCAACCCCAAGUUUGCAUGAAACCUGAUCUCUUCUGGUGAAAGCAAGGUGUGUAAUGUUCAUCUGCUGCUGAAUAUUAGAAAAAUAUAGAUAUAAAAUUGUGUUGCGACAGGGUUCAUAAAAGGCACUGUCCAUCUGGCUAUUGGUAAUCUACCAGUGCUUUUUUGCUAACUCAGUGUAGAGAAACCUAGCGAGCUAUCUGACAUCACAGCUGCAAAAAAAUAACGAGUUUUAGUUGUUAAAAAGCCUCGGCAGAGCCAGACAAGUUGGACGUAAACUCCUUAGUUGUAAGGAUUAAAAAAAAUUGAACAGGAAUUUUUUUUCCAGGAUUGAAUGUCGUGAACUGUCACCGCACAAUAGCUGCCCAAAUACGAGACAGAGUUGGUCAGACCAAAGCAGAGCUAAAAGGAGAAGUUAGAUUCCAUCCAGUGACCAGACCCACUUCUUCAAAUGAAUGCAAACUUUAAUAUGCGUUUGUUGUAUGUGUAAAUAGAUGGAUGUGAGUCCACAAGUGAACCAUAACUACCAUAAGUUAACACAGCUUUAAAACUGCAUUAGGUAUGUGACAGAAGUUCCUCCCUGUCCACAAUUUCACAGAACGUGAAGAAACCUGAGCUGACAUCUUAAUGGACUUCAGAUUGUGAAUGAGCACAGACUAGUUAUAGAAAUAUAACUGCUGUGAGCUUCUUGACAUCAUGAAGUUCUAGUUUUGCAGAUAAUGAAGACGCUCUGUCAUCGGGAUUAGAUCAGAAUUUUUAAUAGGGCUUUAUUCUGUCAGUGAAGUCAGAAUUCAGAGACUUCAUUUUUUGCCUUUAUGAGAGCAAAAUAGACACGGACAAGAACCUACAAGAUACAAGCUGUAGAUGUUGCCGUUACAUCUUAUAACAUCUUAAACCACUGGACCAAUAGGAGUCAUUGAUUCCAUUCUUAUUCAGCGUGAAAUGGACAUGUGGAUGUUCAGACUUUUAAAGUCAAACACUCCUCGUCCGUAUUGGCUUUAAUGUUUAGCUCGACUGUGUGUGCGACUGUUUAUGCUUGAUGUUGGAAAGAGCAGUAGAGAAAACACAACCUCGUUUCAGGGUUUACUCACUUGCUUCUUCCAGAACUGUGGAUCUUGGCAUCUGCCAUUUCCAAGCUGAUGAAUGAAACUAAGAGUCCACUUAAAAGCCCACACAGAACAACAGUCCUAGAGGUGCUCAGAUCAUGGUUGGUUUAUAACAAAGAACUAUUUCCCAGGUCGAGAAUGAACUGUCAUCCUAACAUAGAAGUAGCACAUGUCCUCAGUCCUUACCUACAGGAAUCGCUAUCAUCCUUCACUGUGUAGAUAACAGUGACGAUCUGCCGUGCUUGGAUUUUCACAUUGUUCACAUGACGGGACCUGAUGAAGUAAACAGUAGAGUCUUUCAUAGCGCUGUAUUUAUUUUCUAUGAGAAUUUUAUCACAGAUGUAUAUCUACCAGAGCUUCAUGAAUCUACAGGAAUAAACACUUAGCCCUGUCCAACUCUCCUCUGAUCCUCCUCACUAUGUCCAGCCUUUCUCUACUUUCAUUUUUCUUCUUCAACAUUCCUUUCCUCAUCUCCUUGCCUGCACCUUAAACCUAAUUCCUUUCAACUGAGAACUAUCAUGAAAAACUUUAUGGAGACUUUUUUUGUUUGUUUGGUUUUGUUUUGUUUUGUUUUUUUUUAUGCUUUUUUUUCCACCUGUAAAUAGUUGUACAUAGGAAAUACUGCCGGUUUGCUAGGAGGCAUGGAGACUACAAAUGUAACAAAAUGCUCAGAAUAAAGAGACAAAGAUUAAAAGACAUUUUGAUAGGCAGACUUCUGAGAAAAAUGGUUCAGUGUAAAAAUAUUUAAGGCUGUAUUAUAAGGAGAAAGAGCUUAAUGUAUUUGUUGUGAAUAUGAAAAAAAUGAUAUAUUAAAGAUGUGCAUGAAAACUGUG